AUGUCGUUCGUGACAGUGGCAGCGGCAUCAUUGCCCAGUGUGCCCUUGGACUUUGAGGGGAACCGCGAUCGCAUCCUCGAGUCGAUUCACAUUGCCAAGGACAAGGGCGCCCUUCUGCGGACCGGCCCCGAGCUCGAGAUUCCUGGCUAUGGCUGUCUUGAUCAUCACCUAGAGGAUACCUUUCUACACAGUUGGGAGGUGCUCGCCGAGAUCAUCUCGGAUCCUGUUUGCAAGGAUAUGCUCAUUGACCUUGGCAUGGGUGUUCGCCACAGAAACGUCAGAUACAAUUGCCGCGUCUUGUGCACUUAUAAGCAAAUCUUCUUUAUCCGCCCCAAGCAGAGUCUGGCCAAUGAUGGGCUGUAUCGCGAAAUGCGACACUUUUCGGCUUGGGUUAAACCCAGGACCACGGAGCAAUACUACUUGGAAAAGAUCAUUAGCGACGUGACCGGUCAAAAGACAGUCCCCAUAGGUGACGCCGUGCUUUCGACUGUUGACACGGCCAUUGGCUGUGAGACUUGCGAAGAGCUCUUUGUGCCCCUCAACCCCUCGACUUUCAUGGGCCUGAACGGCGUAGAGAUCGUACUCAACUCUAGUGCCUCACACGUCGAGUUGAGAAAGCUCAAGACACGACUGGAUCUCAUCUCGAACUCGACGCGCAAGCUCGGCGGACUCUACGUCUACGCCAAUGCCAGCGGAGUGGACGGUGAUGCUCGUAUUCUGUACGAUGCCAGUUCCAUGAUUCUUGUCAACGGCAAGGUCAUGGAACAGAGCCCUCAAUUCACACUGAAGCCUGUUGAUGUCAUUACAGCCACUAUUGAUAUCGAAGAAGUCCGCUCCUACCGCUCCAGCAUCUCGCGCAAUGUCCAAGGUGCAGCUCAGCCCGACUUUCCACGCAUUGAAUGUGACCUCCGCCUCUCCCGCCCCGCUGAAGAGGUCUACCGCUCAGACCUGCAGCUAUCCAAGGAGAUUGAGCUCAAGAUUCUUGAUCCCAUGGAGGAAAUGUACCUGGCUCAGUCUGUUUUCUUGUGGCAGUACCUCUGCCGGACCAACUCUCCUGGCUACUUUCUUGCUCUCUCCGGUGGUCUAGAUAGUUGCACAGUCACUGUUUUUGUAUAUGGAAUGGCGCGUCUCGUUCUGCAAUCGAUCAAGGCCGGCGAGACUACCACACUCAAUGAUCUUCGUCGCCUCACUGGAGAAGCAGAGUUUCUACCCAAGACACCGCAGGAGAUUGUCAGCAAACUCAUGCACACGUGCUUCAUGGGAACACAGCACUCUUCCAGUGACACAAAGUCGCGAGCCCAAAAAUUGGCGCAGGAGGUUGGUGCCUUUCACUCGGAUAUCAACAUGGACGCGACGGUCGGAGCAAUGGAGGAAAUAGGCCAGCAGGCUCUCAACUUUACGCCCAAGUUCCAAGUCGAGGGUGGUUCGGCAGCCGAGAACCUUGCCAAGCAGAAUAUUCAGGCACGCAACCGCAUGGUCUGCUCGUACUACCUCGCCCAGAUCUCCACCACUGCUCGCAAACUCCCCCGCUCUGGCAGCUCUUUGCUUGUCCUCUCAUCUGGAAAUGUCGAUGAGCUAUUGCGCGGUUACCUCACAAAGUACGACUGCUCGUCGGCAGAUAUUGCCCCUCUCGGCUCCGUCUCCAAGACUGACGCCAAGGCUUUCCUUCGGUGGGCAGCCACCAAGUGGGAUAUGCCGAUUCUCUACGACUUCCUAGACGCCGUACCCACGGCCGAGCUGCUGCCUCUGUCCGCAGGCGUCCAAGAAGACGAAGUGGAAAUGGGCCUGACCUAUGACCAGCUGAGCGCCUUUGGCAAGCUGCGCAAGAUUGAGAAGCUGGGCCCCUGGAGCUGCUACGUCCGCCUGCUGGGCGAGUGGAAGCACCUCCCCGCCGCCGAGACGGCCGACCUGACCAAGAAGUUCUUCCGGUUCUACGCCAUGAACCGUCACAAGUCGACCGUCAUGACCCCUUCGCUCCACCUUUCUGGCUACUCGCCUGACGAUCACCGUCACGACCUCCGGCCCUUCUUGUACAAGGUUACGUGGCCAUAUCAAUUUAGCAAGAUAGAUAAGCACGUCAAGAGCUUGACAUACUGUCCACGUAUAGCAGUAGAGGAUGGGGCAUUGAGACUGCCCUCGCAAUCCCCGGGUCUGGAGAGGCUCAAAACUCUGAAAAGUUUGCGGCUGUACCCAAACAUCUCGGAUAGAUCAGACCCUUUGAAACGCCUCAUCAUCUUUGCCAGCGAUAUCUUCCACAUCCCGGCGUUGCUGCCGCGCAACCAAGCAAUUGGCCACUUGUAUAUCCUCGUUUUGGCAAUCUGCGCCAUCUGCGGUCUGCAACAUAGUCACACUCGCGAGGCGGAGCUGGCCAGUAUCAUCAGUGCAUGUCCCGUGCCGGAGAGCCUCUUCGUCCAUUUCGAGUUGGCGAAAGAGGCCGAUAUCGAGUCGCUGUUUGACAAGGAUUGGGACCCGUCAUGGAAGAAUCACGAUCUGUACAUCUGCUUAGUCCAAGCAAUAGCCACGUCCUCUAUUGUGCGGCCGGCCAACCACAGUCUUCGCUUGACGUGCCUCCCAAAGCUGGACAAGUUGCGGCAUCUUGGUGUCGACUUCAGAGGUCUCUUUGGGCCUCUGUUUCAUAUGAGCAGGGCUAACGAGAAAGGUUUACCGGCACUGACGCCUCCCAACUUGAAGAACCUCAUCCUCAUCUGUGACAUGGGAGGCAGCGAGACUUCGACAGCUGGGACCGAGCGCGACAUGUACGAGAGUGACCUGUGCCAUGUCAUGAGGGGUCUCCGAGCAAUGUGUAGAAAGUCUGGAAAUGACUCCAUGCUACGUUAUAUCGAGAUUGCGCACGACGACUCGGCACGAAACCGCAGGUUGCUUAGGCGUGAGCAGAAUUUCUGGCGGGAUCAUCGUGUUCAGAUGGACAUCACAAUUCGGCCCGAAAGGCUUGAUGCUCUUGUUGAUCAGGCUCCUGUUGCCUCUCAGGAACAGGCUAGUCUCGCUGCACGUUUGUAG